GAGGAGUGGGUAGCUGUUAGUUAUGGCAGAGACCUGCGGUACAUUGGCCGGGUGGUGAAAGAAGAUAAACGGGCCAUCAGGAUACAAUUUUUAGAGAAAAAGGCGGAUGGUUACUUUCAACUAAAAAAAAGAGACGAGGAAACGGAAAAAGACAUCGUUUUUAUGCGUAACGUGGAUGUGCAAUGGAAAGGGAUCGGUCGCUACGAGGUUCUUCGCGAAAAAGAGAUAAGGAAAAAGCAUGAGGAGUUUUGGAAGACACUCCGUUUGAAAAAGAAGGUAGUGAUCCAUCCUAUUUUCUCAGCUAAUCACUUUAUUUAUUUAUUUUCUCAAUCUGUUUGGUAGAUUAGGCCAAGGCAUACAAAGCAGAGAAAAAGUAUGGCGAGACUUACAAAGAUAUUUUACUUUAAAUUAUUUUAUUUUGAAAUGGUUACCAGGUAGAAUCCUACUGGAACAUAAACGCGCACUCCGACCUUUCUGAAGUGGUGUGCCGAGUUGGCGUAGACGAAAUCCUUGUUGGCGACUUUAAAACAAUCCAACCAUCGAUGAGUGCAGAAGAGAUCGAGAUGAUGGAAAAGUUUUCUCUCCGCUUCAGGGAAGUUGGUUGGCUUAACGACAAGGUACGGUUUUUAAGUAUUUUAUCUCAAUUGCGGGCAUAAGAAAAAGAGAAAUGUUUUGGUGGGUAAUUAUUAACUAUUUUUGGUUACGUUAGAGGGCAAAAUUUGGUUCGGAAUUGACUCACUAUAUGCUUUAUUUUACUAAAAUUAAAAAAAAUCUGUUUCUAUCUUCUUGACAAAACUAGAUAGUAAAUGCAAGCCUAAAGCUGUUGGAGGUUUCUAGUAGGAAGAUGGUAAGUCAAGAGAAACACUGUACUAUGCGUGGCACCUGCUUUAGGGAACAGAGGGAGAGGGUAUAACAGAAGAAGGUUAGUUGUAGCUCGCGCUUCGCGUCGGAGAGUACCGCUUCCUCCUUAAGCUUCUGCCACUAAAGAUAUCUGCCCAUAAUUUUUCAUCAUUUUGCACUUGUUAGUUUUACUGAAAGUAAAUCUGAGAAAAGUUAACGUGUUGUUAACCAUCUUUUAACCAGGGUAUAAAAGUCUUUGCCGCGGAAUCUUUCGUAAUAGAAAAAAUAAGGACAUCAGAAGAGCUCUCUCAGUUGAAGUCAUGGAAGUGGAUGAAAAAGGUAGGUUGAAAGUGAAAAAUGAUUUCUGGGAAGAAACUAAUAGUUUGGCCUUUUCACACUCUUACCACUAUUAGUUCAUGAAACAUAGGGCUAACAGUUUCUUGCGCAAAAUAUAGUAAAUAACUGACUAUACCCCUCUUUUUCAGAUUGACUUUUCAAAUCAAGACUUGGUUUUACUACCUAUGUGCCAUGCCAGUCAUUGGACGCUUGGGGUAUGACUUCUUUUAUCUCUUUACAAGACGGUACCACUGAAUAAUACGCAAGUACCUAGUAUGUAAUUGGCCCCUAUUUUGUGAAGGUGAAACCUUUCUUGGACGAGAACAGGAGCCCAUAACUCCAUGGGCCCCUGACAAGAAUCAAUAAAAGGAACUACAUCAACAACAGUUUCUCGCCCGCUCCGCCUACUCUUUAUAAAGUACAAAGCAAAACGAUAAUUCUGAUAUUUCCCGGGAAAGAGUACAUUUGUUCACAAAUGUUUCUUUAUAUUUUACUUCUAUAAAGGUUGUUAACGUAAAACAAAAAGAGCUUCUUCACUACGACAGCAAGUCGGAAAAACAAGGAAAGUCGACGACGAGUGGAGAGCUUUUUUUCAACUGCAUGAGGUAUAAACUGCGUUUAUAAUAGCCCCCCACCGCAGAAGUGUGUUGUUUUUAUUAUUUUCUAUUUUUUUGAAGGAAUGCAUACGAUUUUUUUUGUGUGCGUGUUAAACUUUCACAGGAAAAUAAUGGCGGCAAAUAAUAUGGACGUGCCCUCUUGGAAAAACAUCUCGCCCACAACGCCGCAACAGUGUGACUGGCAAAGUUGUGGAGUUUAUGUCAUAAAGGUGGGCUCAAACACCAAUUGUUUCUCAGUUUCUAAGCGAGAAAGUAAUAGCGAGCACAGUUUUGUUUGGCUUCUUCUUGUAGGUGGCUGAAUUCGUCGUAGAGGAAAAGAAGCCCUUCAUUUCACAGGUAGAAUAUCAUUAA